UGACCUAUUUUCACCGCAGCAACACAAGGAAUAUAAAUAGAGGGGGUCUCCGUACGUUUCGUAUCACGAAUCUUGUUCACAGACCAUGUUUGGGCAAUACUUACAAUACGCGUAGUCAUUGCGACUCUGUACCUACGACUAUGUAAGUACUAAAUGUAACCACACCCUGACUUCAACCGUGUGACUACAUACACGCCACCGACACCCUGUAAAGAUGUCCUGUAUCUAUUUGCCUGCAAUUACGACCCUGCACGUACAACACAGUAGCGACUCUCCUGCGUUGACGAUAAACAGGGCAGCCCUUGUCCGUGACUGACAGACACAAGUUCACUGCUGUAUGACUCAGAUAAACUCGAAGAUACCGAUGCAAACAACUAAGAAUCAAGCACAGCUGAAUAGACUUCCAAACAGGCAUGAUGUUUGAGAGGUUACUGCAGUUGUGGCCCCAGUCGGUGGUAACCCAGGCUCUUGUUGUUGGGGGUGUGGUUGGUGUGAUCGCCCAUAACCUCUUCAAGAAACGAUACAACUUGCCGCCCGGACCCAAAGGAUGGCCACUACUAGGAAACAUUUUGGAAUUACAAGGGGGUCUUCUGUUUCGGAAAUUCCGUGAUUGGAGCAAAACGUACGGUCCAGUUAUGAAGAUUAUGUUGGGUAAUCGGAUUGCAGUUGUUUUGAGUCGAAUCGAUGUGGUAACAGAGGCUCUUGUUACAAGACAAGCAGACUUUGCCGGGAGGACUGACAUUUGUUUUGUUAAUGUGAUCACUGAGGGAGGAAAAGAUAUAGCCAAUGCAUCGUAUGGCCCAACGUGGAAGUUGCACAGGAAAAUAGCAUCUAAAGCGCUGAGGCACUAUCUCAGUGGAGAUAGCCUGAGUCGUAAAGUGUCCCAAUCCCUCAAAACAUCUACACAGUUGAUGAGAAAGGAACCAGGAGCCUUUGAUCCUUUCCCCUACCUGUCACUUGCGAUCUCCAACGUGAUGACAGGAAUGUUGUUCAAUAAAGUCAGCGAAAAUACAGACUCCGAAAUCUAUAAAACAUACGUUGUCAACCUGGACAAUUUCAUGAAGGAAUCGGGAGAUGGUUUUCUCGAAGAUGUCAUUCCCCUACUUCAUCUGUGUCCUACGCCGAAAUUUAGACGUGUUGUUGGUAUGGCAGGAAGGAUAACAGAGGCCGUCAGGAUAGAAGUUGCUGCCCACAGAGAAACGUUCAAAAAGGAUGAGAUACGGGACUUCACAGACGCCUUGAUACUAGCUCAGAAAGAGGCUGAGGAGGAGGACGACCCAACCCUGAUGUCACAGAUCACAAACACACACAUGGUCCAGACAAUCAACGACCUGGUCGUUGCUGGAACAGAUACCACCAGGAACACACUCCACUGGUCUCUCCUGACCAUGGCUCUCCAUCCUGAUAUUCAGAAGAAGGUACAAGCAGAGGUGGACUCUGUUAUUGAUCCUGAUCUAAACGUUCACGUUUCGGACAGGGACAGGCUUCCAUACACAGAGGCAGUGCUACACGAGAUCAUGAGGAUGAGGACAGUAGCCCCCACUGGUGUUCCUCAUUCCACCCUUUGCGAUACCACAGUUGGUGGAUACGAUGUUCCCAAGGGAACAAUGGUGUUUAUCAACCACGACGCCUUGCACUUUGACCCUGACCAAUGGGAGGACGUCAAUACGUUUAAACCUGAAAGAUUCCUAGACUCUGAGGGGAAGAUGGGGCCCAAACCAGAAAGCUGGCUUCCGUUCUCUGCCGGAAGGAGAGUUUGUCUCGGCGAGACUGUCGCCAAGCCUGAACUUCACCUCUUUCUCGCUGGAAUUUUGAGAGCAUUCACAAUUUCACUUGCCCCAGGAACACAGCACGACUUUGAGCCACGGAGUACAGGAGCACUCAAUACCCCAGGCAGAUACCAAAUUGUCGCCAAAUCGAGAAUUUAAAAUUGUGUAAAAUAUAGGACCAGACAUGGACUUAUAUUUAUAUGAUAACUUUUCAACUAACAAUUUGUAAUGCAAAGUGUUUCCGUGGAAUUUAUGAAUGUUCGAGGUUAGCUGCUGAUAAUUAUUGGUGCAAAAAUGUCGUCAUUGCUCUGAUGGAUUACAUACUGGCAAUCACGCCAAUGUUUGAGGCUUGAAAGUUGUCUGAACAAAUAUUGAUACUAAGCUAUAGAGGGGCGUCGGGUAGCCUAGUGGUUAAAGCGUUCGCUCGUCACGCCGAAGACCCGGGUUCGAUUCCCUACGUGGGUACAAUGUGUGAAGCCCAUUUGUGGUGUCCCCCGCCGUGAUAUUGCUGGAAUAUUGCUAAAAGCGGCGUAAAACCAUACCCACUCGCUCACUCACUAAGCUAUAGAAUCAGUGUGAUUUUGAUUAUGUGAGGGGAUGACAGAGUUUCACAUAAUGCUACACAAUCGUAUACGGCAAUGAACAAGAUGGGACCAACCAAACACAUUAAACAUCAUCACACACGACUUUUACUUUUAUAAGAAUCAGUGGUUUACAGACCAUUUUAGGUUCACGUCCAUUUUACAUUUUCACUUUUCAAUCACUGAUGUCUAUUUUCUAUAUGGCUUUUUGAGGUUCAUUUGCAACAAUGUUUUGCCAGUUUCAGCUUUGUUUGUGUAAAUACUGUUUAAUAAAUGUAUGUGUUCACUGACACGUA